AUGGCAGAAAACGCAGACAUCGAGAUCAAAGCCUCACAGUGGAGGUUGGUCGAGGUCGGCCGCGUCGUGCUCUUUACCCACGGUCAAUACACUGGACGCUUAGCAGUCAUCGUUGAGAUCAUAGAUCACAAGCGUGCAUUGGUCGAUGGACCAUCCAAGAAAGAAAAUGCAGCUGUCCCUCGUCAGUCCGUCGCACUGAACAACCUUAUCAUCACUCCUAUCGUCAUUGAAAAGCUACCACGAGCCGCUGGGAGAGGUGCGGUUGCGAGAGCAUGGGAGAAGAGAGAGGUUGAGAAGAAGUGGGAUGAGAGUGCGUGGGCAAAGAGGCGGGAGCAGAGGGAGAAGAGACGUAAUCUUUCGGAUUUCGAUCGAUUCAAGGUCCUGAGGUUGAAGAAACAGGCACGUUUCGAAGUUCGCAAGGCACACGCAAACGUCCGAGCUUCGGCAAAGUCGUCAUCGUGA